AUGCUCCAGGCCAUCCGGCUGUCAUCACUACGGGCCACCGACGACCCUCUGUCCCCUCGCAUCAUCUCCCUCGACCCAUCUUUCGGGGCCAAUCCCUACAUCAAUGCCUCGGGACUAUCAGACCUGGACCGCUGGCCUGAAAUCGGCCGAGCACUCGACUCUCCGCCCCUCGAUGGAGGUUUCCUAUCAGGCCAGACUCCAGGCUCGCGACCAGACGACGAGGACGAGGGCAAGCGGGGCGGAGGUCUCAAGUAUACGCAGACCAUCAUGGGUCCCGGAAAGCUGGGAGGCGCUGGUAUGCGAGUCUCGGGAAGACACGCCAACCCGGGAGAGUCGAGAAGAGGGCAGGCGAUAAGAGCCAACUCUUCAGCUUCAAUUCCGAGCGCUCGUAGCCCGAAUCCGCCCAAAGAUCAAGAGCCGUCAUUAGCGUCCGACACGGUUCCCGAGAACGACCUUUUCACACCCUCCGUACGGCCAAGAGCAGACUCUGCCCCUAUGCCUGGGCCUCUACCCAGCCCGCCCCGGCAUCUGGCAUCUAGCGUACUGAGCACCGGCAAAGGAGCGACUGCUGGUCUGCUACAACGAGUCCUGUCUUCAAGUCAGAUGUCGGCAGGGUCGAAUUUUGGUAUGGACGGUACCGCCCUGGUUGCGACACCAGAAGAGAAAGGGUCGUCCAUAGGCAUCGAGGCGACCACUGGCACACAGACAGGCGUGGACGCUCGGAUGGUCGCCGGUCUGGAGGAUCAAGGGAGUGAUGUCGACGAGGAAGAGGCUGCCGAAGCAGAUGUCAGAGGUUCAGGCCGAGAGGCAACAGCCAUCCCAGGAUCUAGAAGAGCAUCUGUGGAUACUACCAGCAUUGAAGAGAACUUUGACUUUACACCAAUACCGAUUGUCUCGCCAUCAUUGUCAGUGCCCAGACCUUCGGCUCUGACAAGUGCUCUCAACAAGUAUGUGCCCCAUCUUGUAUCAACUGGUCCCAAAAACUCUUCCGGUCCAAUCUCUCCGAUCGCUGUCGCCCCCAUCAAUCCUUUCUACUCGCUAUACUCUUCUAUCGCUGCGCCACCCGGUGCGCCGUUCGAACCGCUCGAGCUGUACUUUCCACAUUCCAAGAAUCCUACUCAACCUUUGGUGGGGAAAGUGAGAAAAGAUGCCACAGUAGAAGAGGUCACUGGAUAUGGAUUGUGGAGGUAUUGGGAGGAGGGCAGAAAGCCGAAAUUGGAAGAAGAGGAGGAAGAUGUCAAAUGGAGCUCGGUCGGAUGGGGUUUGAGGAUUGUGGAAGAUGAUGGCGAGGUGGAUGAAGAUUUCCCUGCUUUGGACAGGGAGAGUAAAAUAUCCAAGUUCUCAUACGGCCAAUUUGCCAUAGUUGAAGCAACUGAAGAACAAAUCCGCCAAAAUGCCUCCAAGGCACCCACUAUCCCUCGUCGCCCCUCCCGCGUCAUCCCUGUCCCCGCGUCAGCCGCCCGACCCGUCCCGCCCCCUACCACCAGGCAACCAAGCACCACCCUUGCCCCUCCCCGAUCGAACCAACCUCCCAGCGCCUCCUCGUCCUUCUCUUCCAGCGAAUUCUUAUCGACGACCCCCACGGCUGGGAAUGCGGGUGGUAAGCUGGGCAGCUCGAUGGCAAUGAAGGGCAGUGUAGGAUUGAGCUCGACGGGGAGUGAUGUGGUGAGACUCAAGGUGAAGGUGACGGCGAGCGCAGAUGUGCACUUUACAACGACCAUCAACGUACCGGCAGACAUGUACAUUGCAGACCUGACCGAGGUGCUCUGUAGAAAGAAACGUCUUCAAAUGCCAGCACAUGACUGGGUACUUUGUCUAGCCGACUUGACCCUGGCUUUGCCUUUGGAUAGGACCGUGGCAAGUCUGGAAGGCAGGACGGAGCUAGCAUUGGUCAAGAGGACGUGGGCGGUGGAUCGUGGUGUAAGGAUCGAUGACAGGCGGGGAGGAGAUCCAAGCGCGUCCAUAUUUAAAAGGCAAUCGGAGCCCGCACCUUUCCAAAGAUUUGGGCCUGGUCUUUCAGACUUUUCUCAGACUUACAAGGCGAGUGCUCGCACUACCAUGCGGUUCCAAGCUAACGCGGCCAUUGCGAUCGGUCGCCACGAGCGCAACCUUGCCAUCGACGGCGAUUACAUCCACAUAAUGCCCUCCGAGUCUCGCGCCUUUUUCGAUUCCAUGAAGACUACCUCCUUCCACAUCUCCCUCGUCGCGGCUUGUAAACUUACCGGUCGCGCUGGGGGUUUCAAGAUUAAUGUGUGGCGGGAUGGAACGCAGAAGAGGUAUGAGUUUGAAGCGGAAAAUCAGAGGCAGGCCGUCGAGAUAGUCUCCACCAUCAGACAGCUUAUGAAGGCAUGGAUGGCGGAGAACAAUAAUAUCGUUCCGGCUCCGGGGAUAGCAUUGAGAAAAUGA